AUGUAUAUGAUAGAGAGCAAAGGAGGAGCAAUCACUUGUAUGCUCUUGGCUCUGCUCUUCUUAGGGACAUGGCCAGCGAUCAUGACUCUAACCGAAAGACGCGGUCGGCUUCCUCAACACACUUAUCUUGACUACACAAUCACAAACCUCUUAGCUGCUGUAAUCAUAGCCUUCACUCUUGGCCAAAUAGGCCCAGGCAGACCAAAUUUCAUCACACAGCUGUCUCAAGAUAAUUGGCAGUCUGUGAUGUUUGCAAUGGCUGGAGGAAUUGUUCUUAGCCUUGGAAACUUAGCAACACAAUAUGCUUGGGCUUUUGUUGGUUUAUCUGUCACUGAAGUCAUCACAUCUAGUAUCACUGUUGUUAUAGGCACAACUUUGAACUAUUUCUUGGAUGAUAGAAUCAACAGAGCUGAGAUCCUUUUCCCUGGCGUUGCUUGUUUCUUGAUCGCUGUCUGUUUCGGCUCUGCUGUUCAUAAAUCAAAUGCAGCUGAUAACAAAUCCAAACUCCAAGAUUUCAAAAGUUUAGAGACUGCUUCUUCCUCUCAAAUAGAGACAGAUCGGUUAGCGAAAGGGAAAGCAAAAGAAGGGACUGCAGAUUUUCUUAUAGAGCUUGAGAAACAAAGAGCUAUAAAGGUGUUUGGGAAAAGCACAAUUAUUGGACUGGCGAUAACUUUCUUUGCCGGUAUCUGUUUCUCUCUGUUCUCACCUGCAUUCAACUUGGCAACAAACGAUCAAUGGCACACGUUGAAACAUGGGGUUCCUAAACUCAACGUGUACACUGCUUUCUUCUACUUCUCAAUCUCUGCGUUUGUAGUUGGUCUGAUACUCAACAUCGGAUUUCUAUAUUGGCCUGUUCUUGGUCUCCCAAGAUCUUCUUUCAAGGCUUACCUAAAUGACUGGAACGGCCGUGGAUGGUCUCUCUUGGCUGGUUUUCUCUGUGGUUUUGGUAAUGGUCUUCAGUUUAUGGGCGGUCAAGCCGCUGGCUAUGCAGCUGCUGACGCUGUUCAGGCACUUCCUCUUGUGAGCACGUUUUGGGGGAUAUUGCUGUUUGGAGAAUACAGGAGAUCAUCGAGAAGAACAUAUGCACUUCUUAUUAGUAUGCUCUUUAUGUUCAUAGUUGCAGUUGCGGUUCUUAUGGCUUCAUCAGGACAUAGAAAAUGA